AUGCCCAGUCUUCUUUAUUUAUCCUCCGUUCUAUUAGCCACGUCCUCUGCGACAGUGACUUAUCUCUAUAUCUUCCACCGUUCUCUCGGGCAUCGAAUUCAUCACGAGUUUCACCACAGCAAACUCCCUGAAUCCGUUUCUACAGUCGUAUCGCUUCCCCCAGAGGUCUCUCAUGGAGAAUGUCGCGCAUUCUAUGACCAUGCUUCCCGUCGCAUUGCGCGCAAAUUACUUCCGGCGCAAAAGCUAGAAGACCUAUUCACACUGCUGCUACGUCGCAACAUGACAGCCUUCUCUCGUUUUCCACAAGCCUGGAUACUGCGGUUGAAUGUCGCACCUGCAGAUCGUAUAACCUUCCAUGCAUCUCAUAUCCGAUCACUCCAGUUCAAAGAAGGCGAUCUUGUCUGUGGGUUUUACCGUGUCCAAGAACGGACCCCGAACAAAGCCGUGCUUGAGUUGCUAUUCGAAGGGGAGGUUAGCGGACGAUUGGUCAUUCGGUUCUGGGAAGAAAGCGACGACGUAGUAUUCUGCACGGAGACAAUCAUGUGGACAAGGAAGGUAAACCCCGGACAAAUAAAGAGGGUCAUCGUGCCCCUGGAGAAUCCCGUGCUGAGGUUUCUCCAUGAAAUUGCUGCAUGGUGGUUGAUUGAUUCUGGAGUCACAUAUCUGCAGGAUCUUAAGGAGACCACAAGUUGA